AUGGCGGAUGCCAAUUCGAAGUGGCCCUGCCUGGCCCCCACAAACGCUCUUCAGGCUCCGCCUCGCCGCAACGACGGCCGCGUCAUUUUGCACUUUGACUAUGACUGCUUCUACGCGCAGGUUGUGCAGAAUCGCGCGCCCAGCGGUGCUCUGAUCGGUCGGUGCGUCGGCGUCACGCAGAAAAGUAUUCUAGCAACAGCAAACUACGAAGCGCGACGGCGCGGCGUGAAGAAGCUCAUGCGCAUUGCCGAAGCUCGCCGCAUCUGUCCGGACAUUGUUCUCGUCGAUGGUGAGGAUUUAUCGCCGUUUCGCGACGUGUCUAAACAAUUGUACCGACUAGUGAGGGAUGCCGUUGGCCCCACGUCCCCCGUGGAGCGGCUCGGUCUGGAUGAAAUGUUUGUGGAUGCCACUGCUCUCGUGGAUGCGAACCUCGAACGUAUCCUGGCUCAUCCUGACAAAUUUCGUCCACGAAAUGACUUGUUUGUCAUGUCCGACGGCGCCGACGGACCUCAAGGAUUCAUGUUUGAUACGAGCUCGUUUGCCGGCUGUAUCGUCGGAGACAAGGAUAAAGGUCUGAAAGCUCACGUCGCGCCGUCAAAGGAAGGUUGUGCGAAGAUGGACCUCCGUCCUAAUACACGCAUGCGGUUGCUUUUGGGCUCGCACCUUGCUGCGCAUUUGCGCCAUCGCCUCGAGCAUGAUGCCGGCUACACAGCGUCAGCCGGCAUUGCCACCAGCAAGCUAUUAAGCAAACUCGCGGGAAAAGUAAACAAACCGGCAAACCAAACGACCCUAUUAAGUGCUGGAUGGACUGGUGAUGUGGAAGCCAGUGUCGAUACCAGUGCCGACACAGAUGUGGAGGCGAAUACCGUGGUAUGGCAGUUCAUGGAUCCACUUCCGCUGCGCAGCGUGCCUGGUAUUGGUUUCAAGACAAGCAGUUUACUCAGCAGCUAUUUCAUCUCUUCCCAACAAGACGUACGUAAAGGAGAGACGGACCAAAUGGCCCAUCUAGGAGAAGACGGCGACGAGCGACGGCGGGGAGGAGACGACGCCACAGAUGAAGAUGACUUUUCUGUGGUAACCGUUAUGGAUAUCCGAACGUCCCCCGGCAUGUCCCCUCGCCUUCUCGAUUCCAUCUUGGGUGGCAACAGCAACGAGCAUCGCCACAGCACUGCGAGCACAAUAUUGGCCUCAACCGGUAACAUUCCUACGGGGUUGCGCGUAUGGCAACUUUUACAUGGCGUUGAUGAGGCUCCCGUCCGAGGCGGUCGCGAUUUGCCCAGUCAGAUCAGCAUCGAAGACACCUACACUGGUCCCCGCCAAGGGGCACUGCGGCCGGAUGCUGCCACAGCCGUUGCCAGUGAGCUUCACAAGCUGGCCACAUCACUGCUACGGCGCAUGUAUGUGGAUCUUCUCGAGCCCGCGCCGGCAGGUGAAGUCAGCUCGAGAGGCACACAAAAUGUCACAUAUAGCAUGGCUGAUGGUAUCCGUAGCCCUCACUCAUCCUGGUUGGUUCGGCCACGAACAUUACGCUUAACGCUACGACCCCAGGUGCCACAAUCGAGCGACAACAAAGAGCCAGGCAAUUAUUUUACGCGAAUGAGCCAUAGCCAACCGCUGCCCGGUUUCAUGCUCAGUCUCACUUCAACACCCAAGCAAAUCGUGGACCGCCUAGUAGCGGGGAACCUCGUACCAAUGUUUCGAAAGCUGGCCGCAUCAGUUCAGAUGGGAAAACGGACCAGUUCCGGGUCUACCUCCGGACAGAGUAGCGCGGCCUGGACCGUUAGCUUAUUGAAUGUUUGCGUCACCAAUAUGACCCCAGUCGCUGGUCGCGGAGGCGAUAUUGCUGCAAUGUUCAAGCGGCAACAUAACGGCUCAAACAAUGGUGAUAGUCUUGAUAAUAGCCUGGGAAACCACGACGGCCAUCGAUUCGAGUACAACGACGACCGCAUCACUGCUGGUGACAAUAGUAGCGAAGGCGACGCUAAUGAUGGAGAUGACGAUGGCUGGGGUGUAGAAGAAGAUGCUGGGGAGAGCCCUUUUGAGAGAUGCGAGAAAUGUGGCCGUUUUUUGCCCUUGUUUGCUCAGGCAGCACAUGCUCGGUACCACAUUUUAGGAAACUGA